AUGGCUCUGGUCUGUGUGGGAGAAAGGGCUUCUAGAGGCCCCUCCUCCCCCGGCAACGGGCACGUCCCACCUCCCCUCCUCUCACCCUCUGAUUCCAGCUCAGAACUUGGCGCUGGGACGUCCGGCCAACCAGUCGUCCACGUACAACAAUGGGACUGCAAAAGCCGAGCCUGGGUGGCGCUGGGGCGUCCGGCCAAUCAGUCGUCCACGCACGAAGACGUCACUGGCCGAGCCGAGCCUGGCAGGGCCGUGGAUGGAAACAGUGAAGGGCGUUAUGACCAAGGCUCCUGCAGCCACACCCGCUUCGACACAGAGCCCUGGUGGACCGUGGACUUGGGCAGUCAGUAUUCCGUCUCCGUGGUGAUCGUGAAGAACAGGGGAGACGAGUGCUGUGGGGAGAGAAUCAAGGGGGCCCAGAUCCGCGUGGGAGACUCCCUGGCCAAUCAUGGCAAGGACAACCCCCUCUGCGGGACCAUAACUGACAGCAGACCUGGAUCCGUCAGCACCAUCUGCUGCAAUGGCUUGGAGGGUCGUUAUGUCACCAUCGUCAUCCCUGGCAGGGUGGAGUCUCUCUCCCUGUGUGAGGUCGAGGUUCUAUCUCAGGGCUGUGCCCCACCCCCAGGAGCUCAGAACUUGGCGCUAGGAUGUCCGGCCACUCAGUCGUCCACGUUCAGGGACGAUGCUGGAGAUGCUGAGCCUGGAAGGGCCGUGGAUGGAAAACGUGAUGGGAAUUAUAAACAAGGCUCUUGUAGCCUCACCAUUUUUGACAUAGAGCCGUGGUGGAACGUGGACCUGGGCAGUCGGUAUUCUAUCUCCAUGGUGAUUGUGAAGAACAGGGAAGAGGAGUGUUGUGAGAAGAGACUGAAAGGAGCCCAGAUCCACGUGGGAGAUUCCCUAGUGAACCAUGGCAAGGACAACCCUAUCUGUGGGACCAUUAAUGACACCAGACCUGGAUCCCUCAGCACCAUCUGCUGCAACGGGCUGGAGGGCCGCUAUGUGACCAUCGUCAUCCCGGGCAGGGCGGAGUAUCUCUCCCUGUGUGAGGUUGAGGUUCUAUCUCAGAGCUGUAUCCCACCACAAUGGGCUCAGAACUUGGCGCUGCGACGUCCGGUCACUCAGUCGUCCACGUACGAGGACAGCCUUGGAGAAGCCGUGGCUAGCAAGGCCGUGGAUGGAAACCGUGAAGGGGCGUGGGAUCGAGGCUCGUGCAGCCACACCCUGUACGACACAGAUCCCUGGUGGAGUGUGGACUUGGGCCGCCGGCAUUCCGUCUCCAUGGUGAUCGUGAAGAACAGGGAAGAGUGCUGUUGGGAGAGGCUGCAGGGGGCCCAGAUCCGCGUGGGAGACUCCCUGGCCAACCACGGCAAGGACAACCCCCUCUGCGGGACCAUUAAUGAUAUCGCUUCCGGAUCCCUCAGCACCAUCUGCUGCAACAGGCUGGAGGGCCGCUACGUCACCAUCGUCAUCCCGGGCAGGGAGGAGUAUCUGACCCUGUGUGAGGUUGAGGUUCUGUCUCAGGGCUGUGUCCCACCACCAGGGGCUCAGAACCUGGCGCUGGGACGUCCGGCCACUCAGUCAUCCACAUUCGUGGAUAAGCUUGGAAGAGCCGUGGCUGGAAGAGCCGUGGAUGGGAAACGCAAUGGGAAGUGGGAAGAAGGCUCCUGCAGCCACACCCAUUUCGAAACGGAGCCCUGGUGGAACGUGGACUUGGGCAGCCGGCAGUCCAUCUCCGUGGUGAUCGUGAAGCACAGAGAAGAUGAGUGCUGCGGGGGGAAACUGAAAGGGGCCCAGAUCCACGUGGGAGACUCCCUGGUGAACUUUGGCAAGAACAACCCCCUCUGCGGGACCAUCAUUGACACCAGACCCGGAUCCCUCAGCACCAUCUGCUGUAGAGGGUUGGAGGGUCGCUACGUCACCAUCGUCAUCCCGGACAGGAUGGGGACUCUCAUGCUGUGUGAGGUCGAGGUUCUAUCUCAGAGCUGCAUCCCACCACCAGCGGCUCAGAACUUGGCGCUGCGACGUCCGGUCACUCAGUCGUCCACGUUCGAUUCCAUGAAUGAAUUCUCUGGGCCUAGCAAGGCCGUGGAUGGAAACCGUAACGGGACGUACAAUCACGGCUCCUGCAGCCACACCAUGUUCGACACAGAGCCCUGGUGGAACGUGGACUUGGGCAGCCGGCAUUCCGUCUCCGUGGUGAUUGUCAAGAACAGGGAAGACUGCUGUUGGGAGAGGCUGCAGGGGACCCGGAUCCACGUGGGAGACUCCCUGGCCAACAACGGCAAGGACAACCCCAUCUGCGGGACCAUCACUGACCACAGACCUGGAUCCCUCAGCACCAUCUGCUGCAGUGGGCUGGAGGGUCGUUAUGUCACCAUCGUCAUCCCGGGCAGGUCGGAGUAUCUGACCCUUUGUGAGGUCGAGGUUCUAUCUCAGGGCUGUGCCCCACCGCCGGAAGCUCAGAACCUGGCGCUGGGACGUCCAGCCACUCAGUCGUUCACGUUCGAGGAUGCUAAUUUAGUGAACAAGCCUGGCAGGGCUGUGGAUGGUAGCCGUGAUGGGAAUUAUGAACACGGCUCCUGCAGCCAUACCUCUUUCGAUUUGGGGCCCUGGUGGACCGUGGACUUGGGCAGACGGCAUUCCGUCUCCAUGGUGAUUGUGAAGAACAGGGAAGACUGUUGUGCGAAGAGACUGCAAGGAGCCCAGAUCCACGUGGGAGACUCCCUAGCGAACAACGGCAAAGACAACCCCAUCUGCGGGACCAUUGAUGACACCAGACUCGGAUCCCUCAGCACCAUCUGCUGCAGUGGGCUGGAGGGCCGCUAUGUGACCAUCACCGAGGCUGAGAACUUGGCGCUGCGACGUCCGGUCACUCAGUCGUCCACGUACGAUCCCAAUAAUGAAUUCUCUGGGCCUAGCAAGGCCGUGGAUGGAAACCGUAACGGGACGUACAAUCACGGCUCCUGCAGCCACACCAGGUUCGACACAGAGCCCUGGUGGAACGUGGACUUGGGCAGCCGGCAUUCCGUCUCCGUGGUGAUUGUCAAGAACAGGGAAGACUGCUGUUGGGAGAGGCUGCAGGGGACCCGGAUCCACGUGGGAGACUCCCUGGCCAACAACGGCAAGGACAACCCCAUGUGA